AUGGGGGGCAGCGCCAGGACUCCGACCCUCACUGCUCUUCUCUGCCUCGGGCUGUGUUGGGGCCUGUGGGACCAGGCACAGAUGCGGACCCUCCCCAAACCCUCCAUCUGGGCUUAUCCCAGCUCCAUGGUCACCAAGGGGAGCCGUGUGACCAUCUGGUGUCAGGCAUCUCUGGAGGCCGACGUCUACUAUCUGUAUAAAGAAAGGGUCUCGGAGACCUUGGAGACCUCACAGGGUUCCAGCAACAAGGCCAGUUUCUCCAUUACAUACAUGAGCUUACACGAUGUAGGGCGAUACCGGUGUGCAUAUCGGAGCGGGGAGAGCUGGUCACAGCUGAGUGAACUCCUGUCCCUGGUGAUGAUAGGACAGUAUCCCACACCCUCCCUCUCAGCCAACCCAGGCCCUGUGGUGGCCUUGGGAGGGAACGUGUCCCUCUCCUGUAGCUCAUCAUGGCCACGGGGGUCAUUCCAUCUGCUGAAGGAGCGGGGGGCUGAUGCGCCCCAACACCUGGAAUGGAAGUUCCAUCGUGAGAGGAGGCAGGGGCUCUUCCACAUGGGCCCCGUGAACACCUCCCAUGCGGGGACCUACAGAUGUUACGUUUCUUCCGAGUCAUACCCGGAUUCGUGGUCACAACCCAGUGACCCUCUGCACCUUCAGGUCACAGGUGUCUACAGGGCGCCCUCCCUCUUGGCCCAGCCGGGCUCCCUGGUGCAGUCUGGAGACCGUGUGACCCUCCAGUGUCGCUCAGAGACCGGCUUUGAGAGAUUCGCUCUGACCAAGGACGAGGAGCUCAGAGCUCCCCAGAGUCUAGAAGGGCAACUCAGCCCCAACUUCCCCCUGGGCCCUGUGAGCCACACCCACGGGGGCCGGUACCGAUGCUACUGUGGACACAAGAUCUCCUCCACCUGGUCGGCCCCCAGUGCCCCUCUGGUUGUCCUGAUCACAGGAAUGUAUGAGAAACCGUCCCUCUCGGCCGAGCCGGGGACGUCAGUGUCCUGGGGAGAGAACGUGACCCUGCAGUGUCGCUCUGAGAUCUGGUUUGAUACCUUCCACCUGUCCAAGGAGGGGUCCCUCGCUCCUCCCCAGGUCCUUCAUCUGCAGGACAUAGCGAUACCUUAUCAGGUCAACUUCAUCCUGAGUCCCGUGACCUCAGACCUCGAAGGGACCUACCGGUGCUACGGCUCACACAGCAACGUCCCCUACCUGUUGUCACAGCCCAGUGACCCCCUGGAGAUCCUGGUCUCAGGCGGCUCUGAGGAUGCAGCCUUCAGCCCACAGAGGGGUCCCCACUGGUACCUGUACGUCCUCAUCGGGGCCUCAGUAGCCUUCGUCCUGCUGCUCGGCCUCCUCGUCUUCCUCCUGGUCCGACACCAGCGUCGGGGCAAAGGUAGGAAGCCAGCAGUGGCAGCGUCUGAGGACAGAGGCCUGCACAGGAGUUCAGGUCCUGAGGCCGCCGCCCAGGAGGAGACCUUGUAUGCUGUCGUCAGAGACACACAGCCUGAGGACAGACAGCAGGACAGCCAGGCUGCGCUUUCUGAAGACCCUGAAGAUGUAACCUACGCCCAGCUGAACCACCUGGCCCUCAGGCAGGAGACAAGUGCACCGCCUCCCUCCCAAUUAGGGGAGCCCCUGGAGGAGACCAACGUGUACGCUGUCCUGGCCAUCCACUAGCCCAGCAGACUCAUACCGCCUGCUCCAGGGGUCUGAAGUCUCCCUGCAGGGACCCUGGAAGGCACAGGAGCUGCCCCCAGCCAGCCUGGAGGUAGGACACGGACCAGGAACUCAGGAACUCGGGAGACCUUGUGGGAGUCGAUUGCUUCCAGAAUUUCCAGGACCAGCUGAUCGUACAGUUCCUAGAAGGAUC